UAAGUGACAUUCCUAUGGCUGGAGGAAGAAGCACGGGGUAUAUGGUAUCUCUUCAGACAGUUUCUCUUCUGUCACUCCGAAGUAUCCUCCUGUCGUCUUACAUGCAGUUCUAUUCCUGAAUAUGAUCCCUGUGUCUCAUCAUCACCUGUCAUCUUUCCAUAAACCCUUCCUACAACUUACUUUCUCUAUCUCCGACCUCUUCUAGUUGCAUUCCUUCCUGCUGUGUCACAUUUUUACCUUACCCACCUUGUCAUCCUUGACAUACCUUAUCCUUAUAAAAGACCGCACUAAAGCAGAAGCAUGUACAGGUUGUAAGUUCUGAGGAGGCAGAAGAAUCGCAGCUUGUUAUCGACAUGAACUUGUGCUGGAAUGAGAUAAAGAAGAAAUCUCACAGCCUGAGGGCUCGCUUGGAAGCAUUCUCAGAUCCAACUCUCAAGCUGCAGCCACCACUUCAGGAGAUCAUUGAUUGGCUAGGGCAAAAGGAUGAAGAGUUGUCAUCUCAGCUUCCCCUACGAGGCGAUCUCUCCAUGGUUCAGCAAGCCAAGGAUAAACAUCUACUGUUUAUGGAAGAGGUGAAGUCGCGAGGUCCAUACAUAUACUCUGUACUUGAGUCUGCUCAAGCCUUCCUUACCCAACAUCCUUUCCAAGAUGUACAGGAGGACACAUCUACCAUAGCUAAAGAUGCUUCUCCAAGGAGCCGCUCCCAGACUCUUAGUCGCCUACUUUGGAAGCAAGCAAGUGUGACCAGUGAACUAUGGGAUAGACUGACUGCGCGUAGUUUAGACCAACACCGCCAUCUGGAAAGGACACUGGAACAACUUAGGGAAUUGGGAGUUGUAAUGAAGGAGGCUGCAGAUGCACUGGAACAGGCUGAGAGUGUGCAAACAACUUGGGAACCUAUUGGAGACUUGUUCAUAGAUUCCCUGCCAGAGCACAUCCAGGCCACAAAGCUCUUCAAGGAGGAGAUGUCUCCUAUAAUGGACACAAUCAAGAUGACAAAUGACCUUGCUCAUCAGCUGGCACUUUGUGAUGUUCACCUGUCUAUGGAGAAUGCACGUGAGCUUGAGCAAAUUAAUAACCGUUGGAAACAGCUACAGACUUCUGUGGGAGAACGUCUGCGGCAGCUGCAGGAUGCUCAUCGUGACUUUGGACCCGAGUCUCAGCAUUUCCUGUCUUCAUCAGUACAGGUGCCUUGGGAAAGAGCAAUAUCCCCCAACAAGGUUCCCUAUUACAUCAAUCACCAGGCCCAAACAACUUGCUGGGAUCAUCCAAAAAUGACAGAGCUGUAUCAGGCGCUGGGAGAUUUAAACAACAUAAAAUUUUCUGCCUAUCGGACAGCAAUGAAACUGCGCAGAGUGCAAAAAGCUCUAAGAUUGGACUUAGUCACACUGCCCCUCCUGUCUCAGAUAUUUAGCUGUGAUAUCCUGCAGUCUUCAGAUCGUUUUCUUGACGUACUUGAUGUUAUUCGCUGUCUGAGUUCUCUGUAUGAGCGAUUAGAAGAAGAGCGUGGACUUUUGGUCAAUGUUCCAUUAUGUGUGGACCUAACUCUCAACUGGCUGCUAAACGUCUUUGAUGGUGCCCGGAAUGGAAGAAUAAAAGCUCUUUCUUUUAAGGCCGGAAUAGUGUGUUUGUGUGAUUGUGACGUGAAGGGAAAACUACAGUAUUUAUUCUCACAGGUAGCAGGACCUGAAGAAACUUGUGAUCAGCGGCAACUUGGUCUUCUUCUGCAUGAAGCCAUUCAGAUUCCUCGCCAACUUGGAGAGGUUGCAGCUUUUGGUGGAAGCAAUGUUGAACCCAGUAUUAGGAGCUGCUUUCGGUUUGGCAACGGAACAGCAUUACUGGAGCUUUCCCAAUUCCUGGAGUGGGGAAGUUUGGAGCCACAGUCUUUGGUAUGGCUUCCGGUUUUACAUCGUGUGACGAUGGCUGAGACAGUGAAACAUCAGACAAAGUGUUCCAUCUGUAAACAGUGUCCAAUAAAGGGAUUUAGGUAUCGAAGUCUAAAACAAUUUGGGGUGGAUAUCUGCCAGUCCUGUUUCCUGACUGGACAAGCUGGGAAAGGAAACAAGCUCCACUAUCCAAUCAUGGAAUAUUACACAACGACAACCUCCGGAGAGAAAAUGAGGGAUUUUGCCACCACUCUCAAGAAUAAAUUUAGAACUCGUCAGUAUUUUAGUCGACAUCCCCAGCGAGGCUAUCUACCUGUGCAGUCUGUGCUUGAAGCUGAAGUUAUUGACACACCAUUGUCCUCUCCAAUGCUUCCGCAUGCGGAUACACAUUCAAGGAUAGAGCACUUUGCUAGCAGACUUGCUGAGAUGGAAAGUCAGAACUGUUCCUUCUUCAGUGACAGCCUUUCUCCUGAUGACAGCCUUGAUGAGGAUCAAUAUCUGCUUCGCCAUUCCAGUCCUAUUACAGACCGUGAUCCAUGUAGCAGUUCACAGUCUGCAGGGCCCCUAAAUCCAGAGGAAGAACAGGGAGAGUUGGAAAAGAUCCUUGCCCAGCUGGAACACGAGAACAGAAUUCUUCAGGGAGAGCUGAAACGACUGAAAUGGCAGCAUGCUGAGGCAGCAGAGGGUGCGGUGCUCGGAGAAGUGUCACCGGAUUCAGGGGGCAGCGGCAGUGGUGACAUACAAAGUGAGGAAUUGUUAAGUGAGGCACGGAUCCUCCGGCAUCACAAAAACCGCCUAGAGACUCGUAUGCAGAUUUUGGAGGAUCAUAAUAAGCAGCUUGAGUCCCAGCUACAACGUCUCAGGGAGCUACUGCUACAGCCCAGCACUGAUGAAGGUAAGACUUCUCCAUCCACCUCCUGUCCGGAUUCUGAGAACAAGUGCCCUGGAGAGAGCAACGGAACUCCGGAUACCGAAGCUGCAGAUGAUGUGGACAGUCGGACGAGAGAAGUGGGUUUGUGCCUAGACGAUAUCAUGGAGAAGCUACGAAAUGCCUUUCCAAAUACAAAUGACGGUGAUAUUGCACGAGUCAAGUCUAAGACACUGCCUUUAUGACACUGGUCGUGCCUUCUACACAGCCUGCAAGUCAACAAGAUAAAGGAUGAGCAAUUUGCAGAAACGUCAUACAAUUUACAGCCUAUGAAGGGGGGAUGCUAAAAGGUGCAUCAAUGAUCGAGAACUGACAGCUCCGUGUUUCAUACCUUUAAAGCAAUGAUUUAUUUGUAAUGUCUCAUCUACACCAAUCAUUGCUGUGAUGAUUCUGUGUCAACAUCGUUCUAUGAACACUCUUGAUUUUAAAAGAGUUCUUUUGCUAAAAAAACAUUAAUAUAUCAAGCUUUGGUUUUGCUACUGUGCAGAUAGUCUACCAAGAAUCAGGAUAAAACAGAUCUUCUUAAAGUAAUUUAUGAGCAGACUAUUCUGGAUAACAAACUUUUUGUUAUGUAAAGCAAAGUAUUGUAACUUUCACAAGGUCUAUUAAAACCACUAGCAACAAAAUAAUUCUAUGUAUAGCACAAGUCUUUCUGGACUUGAUUUCAUAUUAUCGUUCAAACAAAAUCCUAGUGAUUAAAAAACAAACAAAAAAACAACAACACAUGACAGGUACAACUGGUUCUUAUUCAUAACAAUUUCACAUUCUCCAAAAUAAUGAUUUCUGUCCCCAUGUCUUAAUGGUUUUAAAUAUGUGACUAAUUUUUACAAAGGUUAAUGAGAGGAUUAGUAUGUUUUACUCUGUGUUUGCUGUAUUUUAUUCUUGGGUAGGAUGUGCUAUACCUCACCAUCAGGUCUGAUAAAGUCACUACAACAACUUAAGGCCCAUACACACUGAGCGAUUUUGAGCUGACAGCAGGUCACUUUUGGUGUUUUGCGCUGCUUUCAGCUCAAAGCCGCCCAGUGUGUAUGCACAAGCGGUGAGCGCUGAUGCACGCUCCCGCUUUAUCGCUGGCGGCCGCCAUUCAUCUACUGGUAUUACCAGUAGUUGAACGGGGUGAACGGUUUUCCAGUGUCCUGCUAUGGAAAGCCGCUCACCCCCGCUGACAUCGCUCGGCAGGGGGGGAAAGCGCUCAGUCUGUAUACACCGAGCGCUUUUCAGCCCAGCGAUGUCAGCCAUCAUCGCUGUGCAUACACGCUGGGCAAAAACGCAGCGUGUAUGCACCUUUAGAUCACCUGUAAAUCUUUGAGGGUUUGUAAGGACCUGCCAAGAAGGGCAAUGGGGGUCAUUCCGAAUUGAUAGCAUGCUGCAACUUUUUGCAGCCCGUGCGAUCAGAUAGAUGCCUCCUAUGGGGGGAGUGUUUUUUUGCAUAGCAAGGGUGCGAUCACUUGUGCAGCCGAGCUAUGCAAAAACAUUUUGUGCAGUUUCUGAGCAGCUUCUGACUUACUCACCCACUGCGAUCACUUCAGCCUGUCAGGUCCCGAAAUUGACGUCAGACACUCGCCCUGCAAACACCUCGACACGCCUGCGUUCGCCUCACCACUCCCCAAAAACGGUCAGUUGACACCCAGAUAUGCCUUGUGCCUGUCAAUCUUCCAGCCACUGCGAACACUUCUGUCGUUGCUUUGGUAGCUGCCUGGCGACAGCCCUCGCCGGACAAUGAUGCGCAUUGGGGCCGCGCGCAGCUGCAGUUCUGACCCGUUCGCACUGCUGCGAAAAAAAAGCAGCGUGCGAACGGGUCGGAAUGAUCCCCAUUAUACGUAUAGUCCCAUAGAUACAAUUCUAAUCGGUGGUAGGGAGAAAGGAGAUAGGAUGGUUUAUGUGCUCUGUCCAUUUCAAUGAUCUACGACCAAUAUCAGUACAAAACAUUUCUUUGUAAAGCAUAAGAGGAUAUACAAUAAAACAAAUCCCAUUUUGCCUGUAACAAAUGGUAUAACCACUUGUUACCGUGAAAUAUUGUGUAAAUUAGGCCAUCUGAAUUAGGGGUCUAUUCAGGAAGCAGUGAAAAGAGUGGAGAAGUGAGCCAGUGGAGAAGUUGCCCACGGCAACCAAUCAGUGUUGAGAUAACAUUUGUAAAGUGCGUUCUAUAAAAUUAUAUGUAGCCGCUGAUUGCUUGCCAUAGCAUGGGCAACUUCUCCACUGGCUCACUUCUCCCCUCUUUUCACUGCUUCAUGAAUACACCCCUUAAUCUUUAACAAACAAAUGCAAAAAUCACUUAAAAGUAAAAAAACAACAACCUGUUAUAGAUAUAUAAGUUAUAGCUAAAGCAAUAAAGAAACAUUUAUAUUUGUGUUUAGCUGAUUAAUUAUCAUUUUCCUAAAUUAUUAAUAGGCACAAUAAAAAUGUAGAUAAAAUUUUAUAGAAAGAGAGGAGCCAGAGAGCAUUAGUGAAAGAUUGCAGGGAGCUAUGUCGCAUACAGUAUGUCCUAUUGUAGCUGGAUGGAACAAGGAAAGGAGUAUAACGACAGUAUUGGAAAGUGAUAAGGAAAGUUACAGGCCGUUCAGAUGUAGAAAGAUAAAAAGGUAUGUACAGUAGUAAGACUAGAGAAGUGGACAAUGCUUUCUAGGGUAGUUGUGCGUGUUAUAGCUAUUUGACUAGCCCAAAAUAACAGAAAAUGUUUUCUAUUUCUAUCCAAAUCUAACCCAUAACAGAACUCAAAUUAAAAUAUCUUAAGCACUUAAUUAUUUUUUUGCAACCACAAGUAACAACUACCCCUAUAAAAUGUCACUGUUGAAAUAAUUGCUGUAUAACUGAGUGUGUUAAUGUUCUACAUGAGAUUUGGGAUACUAAAUGCAAUUUAAAAAGA